AUAAUUAUCGAUGAAAACUAAAGUUAUCUUGGAAUUUUAUUUAAAAGUGUAUAUUUUAUUCGUUUCAAUAGUUAUCGGACCGUGUGUUUCUGCCCAAAUAUAGACUCACUUUACUACCUUUUACGACUAUUUACUUAUUGUUAAAAGAGAAAAGAACAGUUUUCAUCGAUUUUUACAAGUAUUAAAGUGAUCUUGUCACUUUGUUUCAUCCAAAUUAUCUUUAUUUAAAAAUAGCACGCAACAUAAAUUAACGUGUCAUUCCUCGCUUCUGACGUCUCGAUUCCAACAUGGCUGCCGCGACUAAUCAGGAACCUUAAGUAUAAUCUUAAAAUGUCAACAAAGAAGAAUAUGGGCCAUACUAGAUUCAAAAGAGGAGUAAUACAUCUUUACAAUAUGGUAGUAUGCGCUACGGGAUGUAAUCCUUUGGCUUACAAAGGAUAUGGUUGUUACUGUGGAUUCUUGGGAUCCGGUUAUGUCAUCGAUGGAAUCGACCAAUGCUGCAAGAUGCAUGACUGGUGUUACGACGCUACGGAAUGUCCUAUGUUCUCGGAAUACUUUGUACCAUAUUACUGGAGAUGUUAUCAUGGUUAUAAACCUGUUUGUGCGGUUAAGCAUGGCAGUUGGGGCGGAUCAGGAGCUUGUGCUCAACGUUUAUGCGAGUGCGAUCGUUUGUUAGCUGUUUGUUUGAAGAGAUAUCCUUGCCCUACUACCAAAGCAGUUUGUACUUCGUCACCAUGGAGACUCGUACAAAAUCUUUUCAUGAUUAUAUAAACGUAUUUUUAUUAUAAUAAGAGUAACUUAUAAACGUAUUUUUUUUUAAAUAGCACAGAUUAUGUUUAGAAACACAAAAAAUUCGCUUUAUUUUGUAAGAUUUGACUUUCGAGAAAUGACUCGCAAUAUCUAAAAUUCAUGACUUAUACAUAUCAUGUUAAAAAAUUAUAUUUUUACUCAUACAGCACAUUUUCUUAAGACCUAGAAUGUUCUCUGGAAGUUUUUAGAACGUUCUUUGGAAGUAUAUUGUAUGAGUAAAGGCCGAAAAUUCGAAUAUCAAAGAAAGUAUUGAUUAUUCUUACAAAUUACACAUCUUUAGAGAUACGUAAGAGGUCACGCUA